UAAGUAUACCGUGAUAUAAACACACUCUUAUAAUAAUAAGAACUUGCUAUAAAUACACAGCCUCGUACUUUGAGGUAUUCCUCCACAAUUUGCAAUGAAACUUCUUAAAAUGUACGCUCGGUUAAUUUUUUGUAUGUUUUUAACGAUUUUAACUGGAAAUAACGUCUUGACGUUGACUAGACAACAGAUAAAAAAUUCGGGGAAGUUGCUGAAAAAAACCUGUAUGCCGAAAAACAACGUUAAUGAAGAUCAAGUGGGUUCUAUUGAUCAGGGAAACUUCAUUGAGGAAAGAAAUGUUAUGUGUUACAUCGCUUGUAUUUAUUCAAUGGGCCAAGUUGUUAAGAAUAAUAAAAUAAACCAUGAUGCAAUGAUAAAGCAGGUGGAUAUGAUGGCUCCACCCGAAAUGAAAGAUCCUUUGAAGGCAGCGAUAGAAAAGUGCAAGGGAGUUGCGAAAAAACACAAAGAUAUAUGCGAUGCAUCUUACUGGACCGCAAAGUGCUUAUAUGAAGCUGAUCCCGUUAAUUUUAUAUUUCCAUAAAAAUAUGACAUUCCUACUGUAUUAAAUGCCUAUUAAAUCAUGUCUCCAUUAAUAUUAUAUUAUUUAUUUAACUCUAUAACUUUAAAAAGACAGAACA